AUGAGCAGCUUUUUUGGGGGCAGCUUCGGCUUCGGCGCCGCGGCGAGAAACAACCCCUACACACUACAAGCUUAUCCACGAUUGAUUGAGCCUACAACUCCGGACUUUGCACGAUGUGUCCCCGAAUUCGGACGGGAGCUGGCCAAGCGAGACUGCAAAGAGGCAGUGAAGAAUAUGCCGUGGGCUCGACAAAGUGCCGAGGUCGAAUGGGCAGUGAAUUUUCAUGCACAGGAGUAUCAUCUGCCAAUGUCAAUUGGCUGGACGGUUCCUAAGGGCGAAGCUGGUGCAGGAACACCUGGCAAUUGUGUCAUUUCCAUUGAGGUCGCGGGUCCAAAGGCUUUCUAUGAUCCAGCAACAACGAACACACCCUUUACCAUCAGGGCUUCUCCUUUCCAGCUUCGGGGCUUAGCUGCUUAUGUUGUCAAUGACUGUGUCCAAAGGGGAGGGUAUCUUGGCGGUUUUGCUACGAACAAGAUAUCGAAUCUGGCCAAUUAUCUUCAAGAUCCCAGUACUGACUUGAGUCUCCCAUAUCGUAAGGCAAUAUAA